AUGCUGCGCACCAGCCACAGAAUGAAAUUUGCACUGGCAGUUUUUUGUCUAACAUAUAUUACUCAGGGAUGCCUUGGUGCAGGAAUUAUGGAUAACAUUGUAUUUGCAGUGAAUUGUGGUGGUGAAGCACAUACUGAUUCUAAUGGUAUACGAUAUCGUAAAGAUUAUUUAAAAGCUGGUAUAGCAUCUGACUAUGGACGUAACUCUGAUAUAUAUCGUGUGCCGAGAGAAGAUAUGAUACUUUAUCAAACUGAACGUUAUGAUCUGCAAAAGUUCUCAUAUGAUAUUGAUAUUUCGGAUGACGGAGACUAUGUCGUCUGGAUGAAAUUUGCAGAAGUUUGGUUCAAUGGACCGAAUAUGAAGGUAUUCCAAGUUCUUCUUGACGAUGAACAUUCCAUCAUUGAUGAAUUAGAUAUUUUCUCAAAAGUUGGUCGUUUAACAGCACAUGAUGAAUAUAUACCAUUUCAAAUAAAAAAUGGUCGUUUAGUUGUGAAAGGUCGUAGCUCUUCUUAUUCAGGAAAAUUACGAGUUACUUUUCAACGACUUGAUCAUCGAGAUAAUCCCAAAAUCAAUGCCCUUAUUAUUUGGCGCGGUUCAAUCGAUCAAAUUCCUCAGCUACCACCCAUUCCACAAAUGGACUCUCCCGAUGAGCCGCUAGAUGAAGAAGAAGAAGAAUAUGAAGAAUCAGCAGCAAAACCCACCAAUCUGAAACGUAAUCUCAAAACAAGUGGACCAAAAAUUGUUGAUCCAUAUGCCGAAGAUCAAUCUAGCUCAUUUAUGCCUUUAUUAAUAGCAGUGGCGAUUAUUUUGCCAACUAUUUUUUGUCUUUGCCGUCUCUAA